CACGCUACAGUCACAUGACUUGGAGGAGCUUCAACAUGGCUGCCUCCAUCCUGGCCAGUGAGGAACAUGUAGAAUAUCAAACUGUUGAUUGUAACUACACGUCCACGAAGAUUUUGCAGGAAGUACAGGUUUCUACAGGAUUAAAUAAAGAUAGAAAUUAUGAAUGUGUUGAUUCAAACAUCUCUGGUGGCCUACCAGAUGGGUGGAAAAAAAUAAUAAAACAAAGAGGAUCCGGCAAAACUGCAGGAAAAUAUUAUGUGUUGUUUAUAAGCCCUCAAGGGACAAAAUUUAGAUCCAAAUGUUCUCUGAUAAAAUAUCUUUCUAAAAACAAUGAAAUUGACCCUAAAGUGGAACAUUUAGAUUUUUCAUUUUCAUGCCAUGAACAGUUGCGACCAUGUGAAAGGGACACAGGGACAAUAAAAGAGAUCAACAUGUCAUGUAAAAGGAAUAAGGCGCUAAGUACAUCAUUUAGAAGACAACGCCUGGGUAGCCAUCGUUCUGUCGAAUCCAUUAAUGUCAGCAAUGAAAUAAAUAAUAUGACAGAAGAUCUGUUAGCUUGUAAACAGGAAAACCAAAUGGAAAAAAAAGUUCUUCAGAAAAAAAGGCUGACAAGUCACAGGACAAGGGCAGAAAAAUGUAAAGAAGAUGGGAAAAUCAAUCUGCGUCGGAAAAGUAGUUCUUCUAAACGAGAAGCACUUACCAAGCUGAAACCAAGUGUCCAGGAGAGGGUUAUUAAAAAAAAGAGGUCAGGAAAAAGAUGCAAAGUGAAAACGAACAAUGAUUCACUCCUAGGACCUGCAGUAGUAACAAGGCAACGCUGUAAAAAUAAGAGCACGGACUCUGUUGACCAGUCGGAAAACAUCACUGUUUCCAUGGUGAAAGCUGAACAUCUUACUGUCCUGUGUAAUUUAGAAUCUCUCAGCAAUCCCAAGACAGAUAAAGAAACAAAAGACUCCAAUCUCGAUGACCAUAUCACUUUGACUCAAAACACUGUUCCAAGGUCACAGGUUGAGAAGCGUAAAACAAGCCCUUAUUUUUCCAGGAAAAUCCUGAAGGAAGCUCCGGAACGACCUAGACGAAAAGCAUUUUCUAAGUGGACCCCUCCUCGAUCUCCUUUUAAUUUAGUUCAAGAAACACUGUUUCAUGACCCAUGGAAGCUUUUACUCGCCACCAUCUUUUUAAACAAGACAUCUGGAAAAAUGGCAAUUCCAGCUUUGUGGAACUUCCUAGAAAAAUACCCCACGCCCCAAGUAGCCAGAAUAGCGGACUGGAAGCCAAUGUCGGAAUUUCUCCAGCCUCUUGGACUCCAUGAACUUCGAGCAAAGGCCAUUGUCAGAUUUUCAGGCACGUCUCCCACUGACAAACCAGACUAAGACAUGGUCUUCCCAGCAUUUUCAUAGAUGAGUAUCUCAGUAAGAAGUGGCGUUAUCCCAAUGAACUCCAUGGAAUUGGAAAAUAUGGCAAUGAUUCUUAUCGGAUCUUCUGUGUAAAUGAAUGGAAAGAGGUACUAAGGUUUAUUAUUGAUUUUUAAGCUUGUAAAGGGUUUAUAAAAUCUAACUCAGCAGCAAACCAAUUCAACGGGUUAUGGGGCUCUGCCCACAGGCUAAUCAAGAGACAAAAGUGAGAAGUAAAAUAAAAAAGUAUAGAGAAGGAUGUUGGGAGGUCUGGGGAAGAUUAAAAGGAUGCAGAAAGCUAUGUUAGACAGAAUGAAUCAUAAGCUUAUUACGAGAGAGAAUUUUAUAAUAAGGGGUGCUGACAAUAGACUUCUCAUGUUGCUUCUUAUGCAGAC